AUGCCUUCCAUCGCACCUUACGCGUCGGCAAUGCUGCUCCUGGCCGGCGGCAUUCAGGCCCACUUCACUGUCCAGCAUCCCCCUGCAGUUGGCCCCUUCGUCGACGACGACGAGCCCAAGAAACCGUGCGGCGGUUACCAUCCUGACAUCGAGAACGUGACCAUCACUGAUUUCCAUGUUGACGGUGAUGCCAUCGGUACUACUCUUACCCACUCUCAGAGUACCUGGCUUUACCGUGCCACUCUUGACCCCACCGCCGAGAAUGGCUGGAUCUUGGUCUACCCCAUCUUCGACCAGAGUGGUUCCGGUCUCUACUGUCAGCCUCAUGUGACCGUCCCCCACGACUUCAUUGGCAAGAAGGGCUACAUCGGCAUGGUUUCACAUGCCAAGGACGGUUACCUUUACCAGUGCGCUGGUGUUAACUUCGUCGCUGGAACCGGCCCUGUGCCGGAAGAUUGCCGAAAUGCAACUGGUGUCUCCGCGACCUACGCCGAUGACGGCACCUUGAGCUCUGACCCCAACAACCCCGGCACCCCUGCCCCGACUCCUAGUCCGUCCUCUCAGCAUGAGCACAACGGCGGCGUCUCGACUAAGGGCCAGACAUUCAUGACUCUUGGUGGUCUGCUCACUGUUGGCGCCAUGGUGGCUCUGGGUGCAGUGCUCGUGAUCUAA